AUGGAAGCAGGCAUGAAUACUGAUCAGAGAAGACGCACCUGCUGCUGUGUUGUGCCGUCGCUCAGUGCUUCCAGCGGCACUCUUGGUGCUUCCAGCGGCACUCUUGGUGCUUCCAGCGGCACUCUUGGUGCUUCCAGCGGCACUCUUGGUGCUUCCAGCGGCACUCUUGGUGCUUCCAGUGGCACUCUUGCUGCUUCCAGCGGCACUCUUGCUGCUUCCAGCGGCACUCUCGGUGCUUCCAGCGGCACUCUCGGUGCUUCCAGUGGCACUCUCAGUGUUUCCAGCGGUCCUCUCAGUCCUUACAGCACAUCCAGUGAGCAACUGUCAGAGAUGAUCAAGCAGAUCAGAGCUAAGAAAGCAGAACUGCCACCAACGCAUUUGCAAGCCAUCACACCGUGA